UGGCGGUGGUAGUACUUUAGGAGAACCAUGCAAAAUGAUGGAAACAACCGAUUACGUAAGUAAGAAUGGCAGUAGUACUUCAGGAGGUCGCAGUGGAUUUGAAAAUAACAGUGAUAUUAAAGGGAGAAAAGUCAUUAAAGUUUCUUCUGGAGUAUCUGUUGAAUGUGAAGGUCAUUUUCAAAGAUUUACUAUCCGUGUUCAUUUCCAUGCAAAUAUUCAUAAUGAUGAUGAUUCUAACCGAAUGCUUUUCAUCGAUGCUGAUAUAACUGAAUGUAGAGCAGGUGCAUUGCUUAAUCAAAAUUGGAAGCAACUCUCCAGUUUUGGUAGAGGAUAUUUUCUUGAAUCUGCUACAAUUAGCUUUUCUCCGAUUACAGAUGCAACUAAUAACAGAAGUGCACUAUAUGAGCGAGAAUAUUACUUUCCAAAAGUGAAAAAUCAUAUUGUUAAAAGUUUAGUAGGUACUGAGAAGCAAGGCAAUUUAGAUCUUGGGACAUCAUCAAAGGUCGGAUUCCUAAUGAAAAAAUCUGAAAGUACUAAGACUAUGUCAGAUGAAUGGCACUUAAAAACUUGGGGUUGCGGUACUACUGGGGAUCAUUGGAUGUAUAAAAGAAGAUCUACUGAUCAGAUUCUUGAAAUUGAACCUAGGAAUCACAUUAGUAAAUGGCUUAUUUGUGAAAAAAUAUGUGGGUUCCGAGUCAUAAUCACUCAAGUUUUACACUUUAAUUUUACUGUCGCUGGUGCAUUAAAUAAAGUGGUGGACUUUAAACCAAAGCUGGUGAUGUGUCCCAAGGUAUCUCAUACCCUUGAAAUUGAUUUCAAUGGCCUUGAAGAUUUUAAUGAAAAAUUUAUGUCACUUGAACGUUUCCGUAGAAGUGAGGAUCUUAUCCUCACAGUAAAUAAUAAUACAUGUACUAAUGUGACUGACAAGACAGAUUCUGGUUUUGUUAAUAUUGAACGUUCAUUUUAUAAUGAAAAAAGCUAA